AUGGGAUCAUGCGGCGACGCUCGCGGGGUUCCAUGGGGAUUUGUGCUUGGUGCGCAUAUCAUAUAUCAUGGAAUUCGAGUUAUCCGGUCGUUUGAUGUGAACAAACCCGGUUGUGAAGUUGACGACUUGCGGGGAGGAGUCGCGGGUGGAAGCAUACUUCGUGGUGUUCUGAAGGUUGGACAAAAGAUAGAAAUUCGACCCGGUCUGGUAUCAAAAGAAGCUGAGGGUGGUCGCGUCACAUGCCGCCCCAUAAUUUCGUGUAUUGUUUCACUGUUCGCAGAACAGAAUGACCUAGCCUACGCCGUCCCCGGAGGUCUUAUAGGUGUAGGCACAAAAAUUGAUCCUCAGUUGUGCCGCGCUGAUCGGUUAGUUGGACACGUUCUUGGUGAAGUUGGCACCCUCCCUGAUAUUUAUAUCGAGUUGGAGAUAUCGUUUUUCCUGCUUCGUCGCCUCCUAGGAGUACGAACUGAAGGUGAUCGCAAGGGAGCCAAGGUUCAAAAGCUCUCCAAAGGUGAAGUGCUCAUGGUCAACAUUGGCUCGCUGUCUAGCGGAGGUCAUGUGAUUGCUGUCAAAGGUGAUCUAACGAAGAUUGCCCUUAACAGUCCCGUAUGCACUGAAAUUGGUGAAAAGAUAGCUCUAAGUCGGCGUGUUGAGCGCCAUUGGCGGUUGAUUGGAUGGGGUAAGAUUCUUCGCGGUGUUGCCAUCCAACCUGUUCAGUGA